GUUACUGUAUUUACUUCAGCAAGAAACCUCCAGCACAGAACUCAGAACAGAAUGCGCAGUGGUCCUCGGAAGCCUUGCAAUGGGUACAGAGAACAAUGUCAAAUCUCUGCUAGACUGCCACAUUAUCCCAGCCUUAUUGCAAGGAUUACUGUCUCCAGAUUUGAAGUUUAUUGAAGCUUGCCUGAGAUGUCUCCGUACCAUUUUCAUCAGUCCUGUAACUCCAGAGGAUCUGCUAUACACAGAUGACACAGUUAUCUCCCACCUCAUGGCGCUGCUCAGUAGGUCUCGAUAUACACAAGAAUACAUAUGUCAGAUCUUCUCACAUUGCUGCAAACUUCAACACUGGCAUAGCUGCGGCUUUAAAUCAUUGCCUCAGCCACUUCUGUGUGCCAAUGGUCCAGAUCACCAGACAAUCUUAUUUAACUGUGGAGCUGUUCAGAAUAUUGCACAUCUGUUAGUCUCCACUUCCUACAAAGUUCGAAUGCAAGCAUUGAAAUGCUUUUCAGUUCUAGCCUUUGAGAACCCACAGGUAUCAAUGACUCUUGUAAAUGUGUCAGUUGAUGGAGAAUUGUUACCGCAAAUUUUUGUGAAGAUGUUACAAAGGGACAAGCCUAUUGAAAUGCAGCUCACAUCAGCCAAAUGCCUUACUUCCAUGUGCAGAGCGGGAGCAAUACGGACAGACGAUUCUUGCAUCGUUCUUAAG